AUGAUACUUCAAAAGCUUCUUUCAGUUUUCUUUCUUCAACUUGUAUGUGUUCAUCUUUUGGUCUUGGAAGGGACUAAUGCACAAGCCCUACAAGUAGGGUUCUACAAGAGCAAAUGUCCUUCUUUCGAGGCCAUUGUGAAGAACACGACGGCUAGCUUCAUAUCUCAAGCACCAUCACUAGCUCCAGCAUUGUUGAGAAUGCAUUUUCAUGAUUGUUUUGUUAGGGGAUGCGAUGGAUCUGUAUUAAUAAACACUACAUCUGGAAACCAAGCUGAGAAGGACGCAAUUCCUAACCAGACCCUCAGAGGUUUCCAGGUUAUCGACGCUGUCAAAUCUGCCGUAGAGAAACAAUGCCCGGAUCUUGUCUCCUGUGCUGACAUCGUCGCUUUAGUAGCCCGAGAUGCAGUAACAUUGAUCAAUGGACCAUCUUGGUCAGUUCCAUUAGGAAGACGAGACGGCAGAGUGUCUAGUUCAUCAGAGGCCUUGGCCAAUUUACCCCCUCCUUUUGCCAACAUCAUUCAACUCAAAGCAUCAUUCCGCUCAAAGGGUUUAAAUGAUAAAGAUCUAGCAGUCUUAUCAGGGGGGCAUACCAUCGGUAUUUCUCACUGCACCAGCUUCUCGAACCGGCUGUACAAUUUUACUGGCCGAGGUGACACAGACCCUUCAUUGGAUCCCAACUACAUUGUACAGUUGAAGAACGAAUGUAGCCCCACAGAUGCGACCUCCACUGUUGAAAUGGAUCCUGGAAGUGCCAAAAUAUUCGACACCAGUUACUACACACUUGUGAAUAAAAGAAGAGGAUUAUUCGAGGCAGAUGCUGCACUUCUGAAUGACAGUGUAACAAGGACAUACGUUCAACAGCAGGCAAAUUCAGGUGGAUCAAAUUUCUUUAAGGAUUUUGCUGUUUCAAUGGUGAAGAUGGGAAAUAUUGGAGUGCUUACAGGCAAUAGAGGUGAAAUCAGGAAGAUAUGUUCAGCCAUCAAUUAA